UAGUAAGAAAUAAAUUUAUUGCUAAGACUUUGAUCAGUAAUUUUUUUUUUUAAGGAAUUGAAAAAAAAAUUGAUGGAUAAUUCAAAAAAAUAUGGAUCGCGGUUAAAAAGUAAUGAAAGGAGUCGAGCGAGUUCAACGCGAUCAACAAUGACUGGAAUUACAGAAUCCAUAGAUGAAUCAAGUACAGCUGACACAAGUUCUAGUAUAUCGCGAGCCUCAUCGAGAAGAGACUCGUAUUUUUUGAUAGACCGGCGGAUAUCUGAAGAAGAGACUCAAAGACGUCAUUCAUGGCUCGAAAAAACGCGACUGAGUAUCGCGAGCACGCGAAAUAACGCGCGAUUGAUGUAUGAAGUCAAGUUUCCUGAGACUUUUGGGGGAUUAUACUGCGCUAAGUAUUCGCCUGGAGGCGACAUAAUUGCUACUGGAUUCGGGACUGGUGCCAUUCAGAUAAGGAACGGAGAAAAUGGAGAAUUACGUACAACAUUAAGAAGUGGCCUGGAUACGUCACUUCCUGUCAUGUGCUGUCGCUUUAAUCCUAUUUAUGAUAAUAUUUUUUAUGCUUCAAGUGCUUGUGGAAAUAUUUUUUUGUGUAUGACUGACACAAAUAUAUUUUCACGUUUCAUUGCGGAGCCAAAUAAUGAGAUAAAUACAAUUGAUGUCAGUGUCGAUGGUAAAUUUAUUGUUUCCGGUGGAAAAGAUGCUGCAUUAAGACUUUAUGACGCUCAAACGGCUAAAAUAAUUCACAUUUAUCAAAGAAAUGAAUCGGAUUUAACAGAUGAAAAUAUUGAUAAUUAUCAUCGAAUGCGGAUAUUUUCAGCUAAAUUUCAUCAUAUAUAUGAAAAUUUAAUAAUUACCGGUGGUUGGGAUGACACAUUACGUAUAUGGGACAGAAGAGUUGACGGCGGUUCAAUAAAAGUGAUGAAAGGCCCGCACAUAUGCGGCGAUGCAAUCGACGUUAGAGACACGCAGAUUGUCACUGGGUCCUGGGUCGUACGAGGAAGUCUCCAGCUCUGGGAUAUGACAGCCGGUAAACUUAUCGAUACUAUCGUACCAGAAAAUCGCCCGACUAGUUUAGAUGGAGAAUUUCUUUAUGCAGUUCAAUAUUUUGAUGGUGAUCCGUAUGGUGAACAUGUUCUUGCUGGCGGUUCUGGUACUGGAGCACUUGAAGUUAUAAAUAUUAAAGAUAAAAAAGUUGUAGGACACUUUGAGGUCAGCAAAGCAAUAAUGACCCUAGACAGCAAUCGAAGUUCAAUUAUUUUUGGUGGAAUGGAGUCAAUUAUUCGUCUAGCAGAUUACAGUUAAUUUUUUUGUUGUAAAGUAAAUAAAGAU